AUGUCCGUCAGUCCCACCACCUCAUCCAUCUCCCUCAGUUCAACACUCUCACCCAUCUCCCUCAGUUCCACACCUUCAUCCAUCUCCCUCAGUCCCACAUCCUCACCAAUCUCUCUCAGUCCCACACCCUCAUCCAUCUUACUCAGUCCCACACCCUCAUCCACCUCCCUCACCCCACGCCCUCAUCCAUCUCCAUCAGUUCCACACCCUCAUCCAUCUCCCUCAGUCCCACACCCUCAUCCAUCUCCCUCAGUUUCACCCCCUCAUUCAUCUCCCCUCAGUCCAACACCCUCAUCCAUCUCCCUCAGUUCCACACCCUCACCCAUCUCCCUCAGUUCCACACCCUCAUCCAUCUCCCUCAGUCCCACAUCCUCACCAAUCUCUCUCAGUCCCACACCCUCAUCCAUCUCCCUCAGUCCAACACCCUCACCUACCUCCAUCAAUUCCACAUCCUCACCCAUCUCCCCAUGCCCACACUCUCAUUCAUCUCCCUCACUCCCAUACCCUCAUCCAUCCCUCAGUCCCAUGCCCUCGUCCAUCUCCCUCAGUCCGACACCAUCACCCAUCUCCCACAGUCCCACACCCUCUUCCAUCUCCCUUGGUCCCACACCCUCACCAAUCUCUUUCAGUUCCUCACACACAUCCAUCUCAGUCGGUCCUACAUCCUCACUUAUAUCCCUUGUUGUACAGGAGCAAAUGGGAGGCCGAUCGUCAAACAUCCGCACCAUUGCACGCGCACACAUACCAUCCAAAAUGUCCCUCAGUCCCACACCCUCAUCCAGCUCCCUCGGUCCCACACCUUCACCAAUCCCUUCAAGUUCUUCACACACAUCCAUCUCAGUCAGUCUCACAUCCUCACUCAUUUCCCUCAGUACAUCUUCGUCUAUCUUCCUCGUUCUAACACCCUUAUUCCAAGACCCUUAUCCACCUCCCUCAGUCCCAUCUUUCAUUCAUCUCCCUCAGUCCCACACCCUCAUCCCUUACACUCAUUCCCACACCCUCACCCACUUCCCUAAGUUCCACACCCUCAUCCAUCUCCCUCAGUCCCACACCCUCAUCCAUUACCCUCAUACCCACACUCUCAUUCAUCUCCCUCACUCCCACACUCUCAUUCAUCUCCCUCAGUCCCACACCCUCACCCCUUUCCCUGUCCCAUACUCUUACCCCUUUCCCUCAGUCCCACGCCCUCAUCCAUCACCCUCAGUCCCACACCAUCACCCAUCACCCUCAGUCCCACGCCCUCAUCCAUCUCCCUCAGUCCCACACCCUCUUCCAUCUCCCUCAGUCCUAUACCCUCAUUCAUCUCCCUCAGUCCCACACCAUCACCCAUCUCCCUCAGUCCUAUACCCCCCAUCCAUCUCCCUCGGUCCCACACCCUCAUUCAUCUCCGUCAGUACAUCUUCAUCUUUCUCCCUCAUUCUAAGACCCUCAUCCAUCUCCCUCAGUCCCACAUACUCGCUCAUGAUCUCCCUCCGUUACACAUCUUCAUCCAUCUCCCUCAUUCCCACACCCUAG